AUGGAAGGGAUGAAUGAGACCGAAGCAAAUAACACGACGGUAACGGUGAUCCCCGUUUCUCCAAGGAUGAGAAGUUUGUUUGAUAUCAAUUACAAUCUGGGCGUAAUUUACGUCCUCAUCAUCACGUUGCUGAGUAUAACUGGAGUCGCAGGGAAUUCUGCGAUCCUAUAUGUGAUGAAAAAGGAACUGCAGGUGAAAGGACUCGCGAGACUUCUGAUGAUCAACAUGGCCCUUGCCGACCUUUUUGUUACAGGCAUUGCCAACCCCAUGUGCAUUAUUGGUGCUUUUACAGGCAUGCACAUCAUGCGAUGGGGAAGUUGGUUAUGUAUCAGUGUGGCCAGCCUUUGUCUUACUGCUUGCAUUUGCGUGUUCUUCAACAUUGUCAAUAUUACCGUUAACCGAUGGAUUUUGAUCUGCUUUACAAACGCAUACGACAAAAUCUACAACAAAACGUCCAUCAUUGUGCUAUGCGUCGCUUGCUGGUUAAUUGGUUUCGGGGUUGAGGUGCCGAAUUUCAUUGGUUGGGGUGAUCAUACUUUUGACGAAAAAACGCAUCAGUGCACAUGGGACCGCAAUGCCGACCGAUCAUACACUGUCCUUGUGACCGCCGGAUUCAUUACAGUUCCUCUGGUGUUGAUCUUGUUUUGUAACAUGUCAAUGAUCAAGCGAAUAUGGGAUGUAAAACGAAACAUCCAUGGGUACAAAGCAAGUUACUCGAAGUCCGUGAUUGCCACGUUGAAAACCAUGAUCCUACUGAACCUGUAUCUGAAAGAAGAACAGCGACAGGUACUUCAUACAGUGGAAAAGCUCACAAUUAUUCAAUCGCCUAAUGACGUAAUAAAGUUCUGGCUGAUGCGCGGCUUCUCUGGUUGUUAG